UUAAGGAAUUUUACUACCAGUGCCCACUAUAUGUCAACACUGCAGGCUUGCAAGCUACAGGCAGGGAAGUGCAGGGCUGCAGUGGCUGAGUCAGUCAGACCUGAAAUGGUGGCAGAGGACAGAAUGGCUGACUAUUAUUGUUUUUGGACCAUUUUUAUUAGUUUCUUUGGACAUUUUGGCCUUUUUGGGGGGUGGGCGUUGCCCACCCUGCCCUAAGUGAAGAGCCUCCACUGGGUAUAACGAAGGGGCAGGUAAGAUCUGCCUUCCGUCCUUUAAAGUGCCCACUCUCUACUGCCCUGGACGUGCACAAAACACUUUGUUCACAUCCAUAAAAAGGAUUUUGUAUGUCAUUGUGAUGUUAGUAUUAAAAGAGAAUGAAUAACUGUACAGUAUUCAGGAACAUAGCGGUUCCUGAAAAAGAGCAUUCUCAGUCUGGAAAAGGAAGAUGACUGAUCAAGAAAAAUGCCCUUCUUGUAAUUAUUUGACUUGUGUCUAUUUAAUUCAAAGAGGAGAAAAAGGAAGAUGCUUGGCCGCGCUACACGACAGUUUGCUGCACUGAUACGCUUUUCCAAGCCCCUUUUCAAGCCUUUUUUCACAAGACGCUACCUUAUGAUGACCAAUACUGUGACUUCUGGUUUUUUAAUGGGAGCUGCAGAUAUCAUUCAGCAGUCUUUAGAAAGGAGGCAAAAGCCUACACAAAACUGGAAUGCUGACCGUAUGGUUAACAUGUUUAUUACAGGAUGUGCCAUGGGACCACUUCUGCAUUACUGGUACUACUGGAUAGACAAAAUAAUCCCAGGAAAAGAUGUUAAUGGUAUUAAGCCUGCCAUCAUAAAGGUAACAAUCGACCAGGUUUUUGCUCCAUUCUUUGGAGGCUGGUAUUUCAUAACUGUGGGACUGCUUCAAGGCCAGAGUUUGGUAUACAGCUGGAAUGAAUUCAUAGACAAAUUUUGGGACUAUUACAUAGCAGAAAUCUACGUGUGGACUGCAGCUCAGAUGCUCAACUUUCUAUUUGUCCCCCCCACAUAUCGAGUGCUAUUUGUGAAUAUAGUGACAUUGGGAUGGAAUGUGUAUCUUUCAUAUAUCAAGCACAAACACUAAGGAUUCAAAGAAGUUAAGGACUGAAGAGACCUGAAAGCAGAAACAUGAAUCAGGAACCUAAUUAUUCAAUAGAUUUUGUGGACUACAAAUACACGUAUAUGUGAUUAUG